AGAGAAAGUGAAAGUGUAGCUGAGCUGUUGUGUGUUAGUGACUCUGUAUUUCUGCAGUAAAAUGGCAGAAGCCAGGUUUUCUCAGGAUGAGUUCUUGUGUCCGGUGUGUCUGGAUCUCCUGAAGGAUCCAGUGACCAUCCAGUGUGGACACAGUUACUGUAUGAGCUGUAUUACAGACUGCUGGGAUAAAGAGGAUGAGAAGAGAGUCUACAGCUGUCCUCAGUGCAGACAGACCUUCAGUCCAAGACCUGCUUUAUUUAAGAAUGUGGUGUUUGCUGAACUGGUGGAGAAACUGAAGAAGACUAAACUUCAAAGUGUGGUUCCUGCUGGAGCUGGAGAUGUGGAGUGUGACGUCUGUACUGGAAGAAAAUACAGAGCCGUCAAGUCCUGUCUGGUGUGUCUGGAGUCUUACUGUCAGAAUCACCUUGAACAACAUGAGGAGUUUCAUUCACGUAAACCACACAAAGUGAUUGAAGCCACUGGACGACUGCAGGAGAUGAUCUGCCAGAAACAUGAGAAGAUCCUUGAGGUUUUCUGUCGCACUGAUCAGAAGUGUAUAUGUCUGCUGUGUACGAUGGAUGAACAUAAAAACCACGACACUGUAUCAGCUGCAGCACAGAGGACAGAGACACAGAAGCAGCUGAAGGAGACACAGAAGACGCUCCAGCAGAGAAUCCAGCAGAGAGAGAAAGAUCUCCAGCAGCUGAGAGAGACUGUGGAGUCUCAUAAGCGCUCUGCACAGACAGCAGUGGAGGACAGUGAGAGCAUCUUUACUGAGCUCAUCCGCUCCAUUGAGAGAAGCCGCUCUGAGCUGAUACGACUGAUCAGAGAUCAGGAAAAGACUGCAGUGAGUCGAGCUGAAGAACGACUGGAGCGACUGGAGCAGGAGAUCAAUGAUCUGAGGAGGAGAGACGCUGAGCUGGAGCAGCUUUCACACACACAGGAUCACAUCCAGUUCCUGCAGAGUUUCCAGUCUCUCUCAGCACCUCCUGAAUCUACAGACGUAAAUGAUGAUCUCUUCAGUUCUCUCUUCUCUUCUGAUGAUCUGAGAGAAUCUGUCCAUCAGCUGAGAGACAAACUGGAGGAUUUCUGCAAAGAGGAGCUCAAGAAGAUCUCAGACAGAGUCACAUUCACCAACAUUGAUCUCUGGACCAGGAACGACUUCCUACAAUAUUCCCAUCAGUUCACUCUGGAUCUGAACACAGUGAAUAAACUCCUCCGUCUGUCUGAGAACAACAGAGUGAUUACAUUCACUUACCCACUCCAGCCGUAUCCUGAUCAUCCAGACAGAUUUGAUUAUUAUCAUCAGGUGUUGUGUAGAGAGAGUGUGUGUGGACGCUGUUACUGGGAGAUUGAGUGGAGUGGACGUGUGUUUAUAUCAGUGUCAUAUAAGAGCAUCAGCAGGAAGGGACGGGGUGAUGAGUGUGUGUUUGGAUAUAAUGAUCAGUCCUGGAGUCUGUGCUGCUCUUCCUCCAGUUACUCAUUCAGACACAAUAACAUAAAGACUGAUCUCUCUGUGAAGUCCAUCAGCAGUAGAAUAGGAGUGUUUGUGGAUCACAGAGCAGGAACUCUGUCCUUCUACAGCGUCUCUGACACAAUGAGCCUCAUCCACACAGUCCAGACCACAUUCACUCAGACGCUCUAUCCUGGGUUUAAUGUUUAUAAUGGAUCAGUGAAACUGUGUUGAUGAAUCAGAAUACACUGACGAGAGAUUCUACCCAUAAUGCUUUGAGCUGCAUGAUAAAUCAAUAACAGUGUUAUUACUCAAUCUCUUCUUUUCUCUUCAUGAUGUUAAUACUGCAGCUUUACUUCUGUCAGUGAAAUAAUAUCAGAAUAAAUGUAAUAAAUCCUCACAGAGACAGAAAGAUCAGUGUGUGUGAGUCCUGCUGAGUGACUGUGUUUCUGUGCUCUUCACAUCCUACAUUUGACCCUGGAGCACAAAACCAGACAUAAGGGUCAAUUAUUUGAAUGUAUUUGAUGUGUGGUUUGUUCGG